AUGGAUUGCUGGUUGAAAUCUGGAAAUGUUACACCGAAAGAAAGCAAUGAUUAUAGUAGCAGUCAACUAAUAGGAAAUAAUGAAAUUAACGAUGAAUCAGCUUUAAUGCUGAAUGAACCUACUGAGAAAAAAGCAAGAAAAACUCGCAAGUACGAGAAAGAAUAUCUUAAAUUUGGAUUCUCAUGGACUAGAGAUGAAAAUGAGCCUAUUCAACUUUGCGUCAUUUGUUUUGAAAAUUUAGCAAACGAAAGAUUGAAACCAUCCAUCUUAAAGCGCCAUUUUGAGACAAACCAUAAUUAG